AUGGUCACCAACCACCAAGUGCUCUUCAACAAGGUGCAGCCUACGGGCAUGCCCAAGCCGGGCGAGACCACCACGCGAGGCACCUCGGAGCUCGACCUCUCCUCCGUCCCGCUCAACGGCGGUGUCAUCACGCGCAACAUUGCCGUUUCGCUCGACCCAACGAUGCGCAACCGGAUGAAGGGCGACAUUGGCUACUUCACCCCACCCUAUGUGGUCGGUAAACCCGUGACUGCGAUUGGCAUUGGUGAGAUCGUCCGUUCCGAAGCGGAGGGAUUUGCUGCUGGCGACAUCGUCUAUGCCUGGUCGACGGGGAUUGAGGAGUACACGAUCCAUCCUGCAGCCGCCGUGCCGACAUUCCGCAAGUUCGACUCGGAACAGCUGUCAAACGGCCUGUCGAUCACCACCUACCUCGGCGCAGCCGGUAUGGCGGGUAUGACGGCGUACAUGUCUCUCAAGGAGAUUGUCGGCGAUCUCAAGCCGGGGAACAAGAUGUUUGUCUCGGGUGCGGCGGGUGCGGUUGGUCAACUCGUCGUGCAGUUGUGCCACCAGGCCGGAGUCAAAGUCAUCGCCUCCGCUGGCACCGAUGAGAAAUGCGACUUCGUCCGCUCGCUUGGUGCAGACGAAUCGAUCAACUACAAAACCGAAGACCUCCCCGCCAAGCUCAAGGCGUUUGCUGGAGAGACCGGCAUCCACUACUACUUCGACAACGUCGGCGGCGAUCAGCUCGAAGCCUACAUCUCCGUCGCUGCGCGCUACGGCAUCAUCGUCGCCUGCGGCUACAUCUCGGGCUACAACGCCGACAAACCCGAAGACGUCGUCUACCCCAAAAACCUCUUCAACAUCGUCACCAAGGAGAUCAAGUACCAGGGCUUCAUCGUGUCCAGCUUUAUCCCCAAGUGGAUCGGCCAGUUCAUGCAGGAGGUGCCCAAGAUGUUGGCCGAGGGCAAGAUCAAGAACCGCGAGGACGUCACCUUCGGCGUUUAUGGUGCAGAGGAUGCGUUCCUGAGGCUGUUUACCGGUGAGAACAACGGUAAGGUCGCUGUGCUGAUCGACACGGAGCGGGCCGAGAAGUGGAAUUUGAAAGACCAGAUGGUAAAGAGCAAGGUGUGGAAGUAA